AUGAGCCCAUCGUUGAUAAUAGUAAAAGUGAAGAAGAGCUCGAUGAAGAUGAUCUCAAAAGACGAAAGACCUGUGAAGCCGAAUUGGAUGAGAAUAACCGAAUCAUCCGUGAAGCUGAAGAAAGAAAGGUUAGAGCUAGUUGUAUCGUUUGAUCUUAAAAACACACAAGAUUCACAAUUGGAUAUACCAAUCAUUCCCAAGGCCUUCAGGUUUCGUGCUUUUGUGAAAAUUGUAAAAGCUCCAAUCACAGACAAUGGAGCAGACCAUAUGUUGUUUUCUUUCUACCUGAAGCACAUGAAGCCCCAAUAUGAAACUUGGUGUGCUAGCAAAAUAACUGUUAUGAAAGUCAUAGGGCUAAUCGAUACUAAUAGCUUUCCUAACGCAGAGUUUAAAAUAGCGAGAGUGUAUCAGUCUAGGGAACAAACUGGAGCUGACUUUCGCACAUCUUGCAUCUCUCUUCCUGACAAACAUUUGUAUCCUACAUCCCGUCUCGAGUUCAUAUUGGACUUGGUGACCAAAUUCAAGGGCAACAGUAAGGAAGAUCUCAAGUGCUUCUCUGAUAGUAACUUAUGGUACAUUCACAUUCCCAAGCUGCUGUUGUGCUUUAUUCUGAAAACAAACAAGAAGGACUUCUUCCGAGUCCUUGACAAACAUCUGGUUCUCACCAAGGCCCUUCGGAAUUUUAUCAAUCGUGCAUCAAAGUCUGAGGCACCAGAACAUCUGAAAGCUAAUUUUAUAUGUUAG